UUCUUGCAUAAAUUAUGUUCAUGACGUAGUGCAAAAGGACAAUUUUGGGGCAAUUUUGUCCGACUUUACAGCUCUGGGGGGAUUCCGGGAGACACCUGGAGGAUUCCUGAUGGUGUGAACUGUUGCAGAAAGGGCACCGUCAUUAAAUAUUAAGGCAGAGGAGAUCCUAACAUUGCAGCCCUCCUUAUCAAUGCAAAUACCUCUCUUUUGUGUGCAGUCACAGCGCCUGUCUGGGAGCUGAGAUGAAUUUCUAAUGAUGUGUGACUGAAACAAACUGUGACAGGGAGCAUUUUAAGAGCGGCGGAUUACGGGAAAUAAGCUGCAUUUCCGCGAAUGCCUGCAGGACAUUUUCUAAGUUGGUGCAGCAAGCCAUGAACUCCCAGGAUCUUCCUGCCCAAGAUGCCCCGCUCACUGUCAAUGAGCAGGUUAUUGUCAUGUCCGGUCAGGAGACAAUUCGUGUACUAGAAGUCGAGGUUGACGCGUCUCUGCCGUCUUCGGUACCCGAUGGGAAGAAUGAGGGCAAAACUGCUGAGGAGGAAAUGGCUCAGUGUGCAGAGAAAGUUGAAGCUGCCAGCACCCAGAACAGCCCCACAGCGCCCCACAGCACUGGGGAAGCAGCGGUCGGUGAGCAGCAGGGGGCGUCUGUUGAUGUGUCGGCUGCUGCUGUCCAAACGGUGAACUCUGCAGCUCCGCUCAGCGUUUCCAUCGCCCAACCCCAGGCCGCCAUGCCCAUCACAGUACAAAGUUGUUCACAGGUUCUGACCCAGGAAAGCCUGGCCACUUUGAUGACUGGUAUGAUGGCUCAGACGGGUUCACUGGGUCAACCUCUGCUCAUCCCCCUCAACAUGGCCGGUUCCAUCGCCGGCCAGGGCGGCUUGGCGGUUCUCACUCUGCCAACCACCAGCGUAGCCACCCUGCCUGGCCUCGCAGCCGCAAACCCCGCUGGGAACCUCCUCAAGCUGCCCUUUGCUGGCCUACAGGCUGCAACAGUUCUGAACUCAGUCCAGCCCCAGCUGCAGGCGAAUACACAGGCAAUGUUCCAGCCUCAAGCAGCACCUGUACAGCCGGUGCAAACGUCUGUGCAGCAGGUGCCUCCUCAGCAAACUCAAGUGACCAACACACAGGUCACUAACGCCCAGGCGACGGCUGCCCAGGUGACCUCUGUGGCCAACACCAUCUCCCAGCCCAGCAUUUCCGUGGCAGCACUUCAGACAGCAGGACUGUCCAUCAACCCGGCCAUUAUAAGUGCUGCUUCUUUGGGUGCACAGCCUCAGUUCCUCAGUUCUCUCACAUCAACUCCCAUCAUCAACAGCGCCAUGCCCAGUAUGGCUGGCAUCACCAGCCAGAUCAUCACAAACGCCCAGGGUCAGGUGAUAGGAACCCUCCCGCUGCUGUUGAACCCGGCGUCUCUGGCUGCAGGGGCCGCUGCUCCCUCUCUGCCCCUGCAGGGUCUGCAGGUCCAGACCAUCGCCCCACAGCUGCUCCUCAACACCCAGGGCCAAAUUAUUGCAACUGUGGGAAACGGGCCUGCUGCCGUUGCAACUUCUGCUGCAGUUCUGCCCAAAACUACAGCUCCUCCUACAGUUAGCAAACCAAACGCUCAGCCGUCUGCACUGAAGACCUCGACCGUGCUCACCUCAGCAGCUCCCAUCGCCUGUGGAGACAUGGCCAAAGUGGGGCAGCUUGUCAGCAAGCCUCAGCAGGCAGCCAGCAUCGAGGAAGGGAUUAAUUUGGAGGAAAUCCGAGAGUUUGCCAAAAACUUCAAGAUCCGUCGGCUGUCGCUGGGCCUCACGCAGACACAAGUAGGGCAGGCCCUCACUGCGACGGAGGGUCCGGCGUACAGCCAGUCUGCCAUUUGCAGGUUUGAAAAGCUCGACAUCACCCCCAAGAGCGCUCAGAAGCUGAAACCGGUUUUAGAGAAAUGGCUGGCUGAGGCCGAGCACUGGAACCAGAAAGGCCAGCAGAACCUCAUGGAGUUUGUCGGUGGCGAACCGUCCAAAAAGCGCAAACGGCGCACCAGUUUCACGCCGCAGGCGAUCGAGGUCCUUAACUCCUACUUUGAGAAGAACGCUCUGCCCACAGGCCAGGAGAUUACAGAGAUCGCAAGAGAACUGAAUUAUGACAGAGAGGUGGUCCGGGUCUGGUUCUGCAACAGACGACAGACACUGAAGAACACGAGCAAGAUCAACGUCUUCCAGGUUUAGGAACAACCUCAUUCUCAUCCUCAUUAGGGUGGGUAGAAAGUUGAGGGGUUUUUUUCUAAAUAAAAAUCAAGAAAAUUGUAAAGUUGUGUAUGAAAAAUGAGUUGGAACUGUGUUCUCAGGUUGUGUAUGUGAACACAGUUUGGUGCAUACUCAGUUACACUGCAUGGUCCGUUUGUGUUACAGUUUUACACUGCAAAAACACAAAACCUCACCAAGUAGUUUUAGUCUAGUUUCUGAUGCAAAUAUAGCAGUACACUUAAUAAGAAAAAACUAACGUACAAAUAACUUUUCAGCUAAAAAUAUGAGGUUUUAUUUGUUCCAUUGGCAGAUUAUUUUACUUAUAGCACAACAUCUAAUGGGACAAAGGAAAUGAGUUACUGACUUUAAACAAGCUCAUAUUUCUUGCAGAAGUCUUAUUUCAAGUUUACUUAGACACUCACACUUGAAACUGGACCAAAAAUACUUUUGUGUCAUGAUUUUGUGUUUUUGCAGUGUAACAUGCCAUAUUUAAGAAACUUGAUCUACCUUUUUUUAAAAAGUGGUUUUAUAAGCUAACCCUUCUCAUAUAUUUUAAGUGUUUGUACAGUAUCGGUUUUGUAUGUUAUUCUGUAACUAGCAUAUUUGAAAAAUAUGCAGAAUAAUAGGACAGUUUUAGCCGGUCGUUUACCUGGAGGUUCGUCAGACUCUGAAAAGGCAAUAACCUUAUUUUCAGUUUUAAGUGUUUACUUUAAUUCUGCCCAGCGCUUUGGGACAAUCACCUCUUUGAUGGAUAAUCAGAAACAUGAGAUCAUUCUUUCUCAUUUGGUCAAACCGCUUGAACUUAGUCACAAUCUCAGCUUUGAUUGCAUCGGGCGCUGCAGACACACCAGGUUUGUUGUAAACUAAAACUGUGGGUGUCUCUUUUCAUGUGUCAAGGCUGAAUGUGCGACUAUGAUGCAUGAAUGCACCAAUCUGUCUGUUGGACUUUAUUUUUAAGUGCUUGUUUUGUUCAAAGGGUACGUUGCCUCAUUAUCUAAUAUCUUUAAAUAAAAACUUAGAGUUAGGAAUAUAUUUAUUGGCACUUCUGGUAAAGAUGUAUUAAAAAGCCUUAAAAUAAAUUAACCUUUCAUUGCAGUAGGUUAAAUUCACACUGAAAAUGUAUUCAGUGGAGAAAAACAACCCACAAAUAUUAGUUCAUCUGAUGUAAUAACUCGGUUUAUAUGCUGAUUUCGGAUUAAAUUAAUCUUUUAUUUUAAACAGUUUCGUUUAAAGAUCUUUUAUCCAUAUUUAUUCUUUGGCUCACUUCAAGUAUUUGUGGUGAAAAGUUAAUUCUGUCUAUCUUUUAUACCAAAGCAUUUUUAUGUUUGUAAGGGUAAAUGAAGAUUUUCUCUGCUGUAUUUCUCAUACAAGUGGUUGUCAUGGAAACCUGGUGACUUGUAUUUGCAGGUCUUUAAACGUCAGAGUUUUAUUUUAGUACGGCAAAUUUUGAUUCUUAUCCAGCCUUGCAACUGAAAUUAAUUCCUCCUCGUGUUAUGCCUUAUUCAUAACAGAAAGUAGUUGAUUAACAGAUAAUAGAGAUAAUGAUGUUUAUUUGAGAAAGAAUUGUUAGUAUGGUUUUUGAAUCAAAUUAAAAGUUAUAUCUACAAUGGGUUUAUUUUAAAGCUAUUUGUUACCAGGAGUGCCAACAAAUUCAUCCUAACUGGCCUGUAUGGAGCCUCAUAUAAUUUAAUGUAGAUAUUACUGUCGAGUUUUUUGAUGUUCCUUGUAAAAUUUUAAAUCAAACUCCUUAAAUUAAUAAUGAUAAAAAACAUUAUCAGCUUAGCUGCGUGGAGAAAUGCGGAUUGUUUGGUUAGAACGUUCAGUUUGAACAAAUUUAUGGAGAUUUCACAUGGAAACAAACUGGCGUUUCUCUUUAUCCUUGCCGUUAUUUAAGGAUUUGUUUGCACUUUAGUGAAAGCAGGGGAAGUGAAUGAGCCGCUUGCAAUCACGAUUUCAGUGUAGUACCAGAUUUAUGUGUUUUGUAAAAAAA